AAGCAAUUCUUAUUUGCCCAAGGGUUAAUCUGUUGAAUCUUCUAUAUAUAGACUAAAGACACCGCCGCAAGGGGCCCAACGGCACCCAUAUCCAUGGGAUUCCCAUUAUUUACCGGUGUGUCACGUGAUAUGUGUUUACGUUUUGUCUGCACGUGAUUUACGGCGGAAGUGUCUAUCGUUGUGAUUUGAGCUGAUAACUGUCCUGGGGUAUCGCUCGCAUAACUGCAGCUGGUUUAUUUGAUGAUACACUGUUAUUGUUCAACUUUGUGUUGUUAAUGUAAAGAGCGCGCGACACCUGUUGAUCGUCACAAUACACACGGACCCGUUGUUACAAGUUAAUUGAACGAUCACCUGUCACCCACGGGCUUCAUCUAGGACAGGUUGAUUGACAAGGGAUGUCGCCUCGGCUAUCUCUCUUCAAGCACACCAAGUUUCAACAUUUUCCUAUGAAGACCGGAGUCUGAGCAUAUUCCGCCAGAGCCUGAUGGCUUCCUCGGAUGACUGUGACAGCGGACGUUGCUCCCCGAGUACAGGGCCGGAUGGGUAUGAGUUUGUGGAUAGCAUCAACACCAUCAACGACAUUAAGGAAGCAGACCGCAUCUUGCGCAUCCUUCAGGAUACAUAUGACCCCCAACUCUUGAAGAAGUCAUUGUUGAGGCUACAGAGACUCUUCAAAAAUGUGACGGUCAAGAAGUUCCUGGAGGACAACCAGAUCCACCUGGGGGUGCUGGAUGUGAUGAAGCACCUGGGCUCCUUCCCCGACAUCCAGCAGAUUGGUCUUCAGCUGCUGUGUCAGUUCAUAGAUGAGAGCCUUGCCUUGGAGAAAAGUCUCAAGAAUGAACAUGUUCACAGACACGUGCUGAAGGUGCUGAGUGAGAACAUCUCCGACAUCCCCAUCCACCAGUGUGGGAUGAAGCUGCUGGCCUGUCUCUUCGAAUCAAGAUACAUCCGUGUUGACCUGACCUCCACCAACCUCCUCAAUGACGUCAUCGAUUACCUUUUCCGUGCCAUCUCCAACUUCCAGGAAGAUGUCGAGAUUCAAGUCCAUGCCUUGACCUGCCUCCGCCAUAUUCUCCAAGAAGAGCGCCUGUGUAACAUCCUGGAGGAGGACCUGAUUCACGAGAAGAUCAUGCCCUAUGUGAAGAUCGACAUCGGCAAUGAGGACAUCCUGGAGGCCAGCCUCAAGCUGCUGCACCUGAUGUUCAACGAUGCCAAGGUGGUGGCGGCAGCGGUGAAGACGGGGUUCAUCAAGGACUCCCUUGUGCCAGUGAUGCUGGGGAAGCCUGCCAAUGAGACCAUACAGGUGGCAGGACUGCACAUGUUCAGAAUGGCAGCCGUGGCUUUGUUUGAGGACCAUGGCACAAUGGACAUGGCCUUCCAAUGGCUGAAGGUCAUCUAUAUGGGCAUGUCCAAACUCAUGGACUGUCCGGCAGUGCAGGAAGCCGGUUGUCUGGCUCUGUGUGAGCUGCUGGCAUGGAAGUCAGAAGCCUACAUGUGGAUUGGAGAGAGCUCGGAACUCAAACAGGACCCCCUGCACACUCUGUGUCUUGGCGCUGUGUUGAUGGGGCGGAGGGAGCUGGCUGUCUUCACUGCAGCAUGUAGCGCCUUCUAUCAUCUCACUGCUGAUAAUGACGGACUGUGCAAAUGUCUGAUGGAGAAGAACGCCCACAUCGCUGUCCUGGAGGGUAUCGCUGUCCACAUCUCAGAUCCCUCAGCCAUGGCUGCCGCUUGUCGUGCAUUACGGGGACUCAGCAUUUUCCAUGAUGAGCACAAACAAGCCAUAUCAGAACAAGACAAAACACUCGUCUAUUUAACCAAAAUUCUCAGGACUUUCCAAAACGAUGCCAAUGUUCAAAGUGAAGCAAUUAGCACUGUAGCUUGUCUAGCAGAUGUGGAUGUGUUUAGACAUCUUUGUUUUCUGAAAAAAAUCCAUAAAAAAAUCCUUGUUGCCAUGGAGAUGUUUCCUGCUAAUGAAAUCCUCCAAGAGGCUUGCAUUGAAGCACUGGCAGUUCUGGGUGGCGCAGCAAGUGGAGCUGACAUCCUGAACUCUCUGGAGGUUGUGCAGAAAGUGUUCCGAUGUCUCAAGAAAUACUCCAAGAAUGAUAAUAUCCAGAAGAAGGCACUCAUCUUGGUUCAGAUCUUGGCGGACACCAAGCUGGUGUCAUCCCUAGUGAUGUGUGAGACGUUGGCAGACGCCAUCAGCAGCGUCAUGGCCGGACACCCAGACAACAUCAGCAUCCAGAGAGAGGCUGUGGUUGCGAUGCAGAUUCUGGCCGAGAAAAGCCAGCGUAUGAGUGAAGUCCUUGUCACCAGAGAUUGUCAUGAGGUUCUAUUUCGCAUUCUGGAAAACUUCGAUGCCGACCAAGGUUUACAUGAUCUGGCAAGUGAGUGCUUGUACGUCAUUGGUUGUGUGCAGAAUUUCAAAUCAAGGAUGUUACUCUGUGCUUGCAAAAAUGGAUUCUUAGCUGGUGUGGAAUGUCUGAUGGUGAUCGGUGCAGACGUCAACACAGGUCAAGGUCAGGGUACCCCACUGUACCAUUCUGUUGAAAACGGAGAUGAGAAGAUGGUGCGGUAUCUCCUGCAGCAGUCUGUCACGGAUGUCCAGACUUCCCUGAAUCUGAGCAUCACAAAGCAUCAGCACAACAUCACAGGGAUGCUGCUGGCACACAUAGGACAGGACAAGGAUGCUGGCACUGUGUUAUGGAAUGGUUAUGGCCUUGGUGACCUCCGACCUGAAUGGUUCCUGCCAUCACUAGCCAGAGCCAAAGAACGUUCUCUCCCAUCAGGAGCUGGGAAACACUUAGUCGAGAAGUUGAGGCGGAGCGAGCAGAGGCGCCAGAAACGGUUACGCUACUCCCCCAGCGACUCACAGCUGGAGAUCAACAGACAUCAUUAUUUCCGAUACCGGCACAAUAGCGGAGAUGCUUCCAAAGACACGCCUACUAAGAGUGUAGAAUGGGAAGAGGACCUCCACACUAUAAAAACCAAACGACCACUCAGUUUGCCCAAAAACCUCUUCCGAAAUGGAAAUGCCAAGCGAGGUUCCGCUCCUUGGAAGAAACCUGGACAGUCAACCAGCUCAGAUCAGACAUCUCCCACCAAGUCGUCACCUCCGAAGUCUUUGCCAACCACAAAACCUCCAAGCCAGAUGCCGGACCAGUACAAGUCUCUACCACCAGGUCUCGGAAAUGAUGCCAUCCUGGCAUCUAUUCCUGGAAAUGGAGAAUUAUUAGACACACCAGUGUUUGAACAUUCUGUGGACGAGUUGGAAGAAUGGAAACAGACGACUCUGACUGGCGCCAACAUCCCCUUCAGCCCCUCUGACCCACGCAGGAACAGUCUAGACAAAGUUGGCAACACUCUGGACGAGCCUAGAGGAAAAUGGCUAAGAAAAUACUCUCCAGUGAAAAGGGAACACAGAGAUGAUCAUUUCCGAAAAGGAACCAGAUCCUUGACUGACUCCUUCACAGAUUCUGGGCAGUCCUUUGGCUCUGAGGUUUCAAACAGAAGCCCGUUUUCAGAAUCGGAGAUGGAGACCAGCACUGAGAUCCUGCCAGCCUUGCAGACACACCCCUCUUUCAAGCGGGACUUCCACAUGACAUGUCUGGAUGUGUCCCAGAACAAUAUUGAGUCCUUGUCCCACCUCCUGACGGCAGACGCACAGCUCCUGGCCUGCUUUGCACGCCUCGAGAAACUCGACCUCAGCCACAACCAGCUGGAGAAGCUUCCCGACAAACUCUUCAAGAACUUCCCAAGGCUACAGUAUGUGGACAUACGAUACAACAAACUGAAAUCUUUUCCACAUGAAGUCAUAGAGUGUACUGCACUUAUCUCUCUCGAUCUCAGUCACAACCAGAUCACACAACUGAGCAACAAAGAUCUGUCUGGAAUCUACAGCAUCCGGGAACUUAAUCUUUCAUCCAAUCAGAUUGAAAACUUUCCAGACAAAAUUGACAGAGCAAUGCCCAACUUGGAGAAGCUGAAUCUUUACAAGAACAAGAUUUCCAGUCUGCCCAAGUCCACCAUGAACCUACCAGAGCUUCGCCGUCUUGACCUGUCCAGAAACAUGAUCACAAUCAUACAUGACAAGUUCUUAUCUGCCUGUCACAAACUGGAAACACUGGAGAUGGUCAGCAAUGGCCUGGAACAACUCCCUGGUGAGGACAUGGCCAAGAACUUUCCCCGACUCAGCACUUUGAAGCUGAAGGGAAACCAACUGAAGGAGAAGGAGCCGUUUUAUAUUCCCAAGUUCAUCCUGGAACUGCAGAGUCUCAGGUUUGUGGAUUUAUCCAAGAAUGGCCUGCUUGGAUUCCCUCCUCCGGUUUUAUGGAAGUCACAGAUCCUGAAGGAAAUCCUAGUGUCCGAGAACAGCAUUGCAAGACUUCAUUUGGAUGGCGCCAAGGCCUGGGCCAAAGUUGAAAAGUUCCAUAUUGCCAGGAAUAAACUCUCCGAGAUGCCGAAGGACAUUGGUCAUCUGGUGUCACUACAAUCACUGGACAUGAACCACAAUAAGGCUUUGACUUCGCUACCAGAUGAACUUGGCAGGUGCUCUCGCAUGUGGGAGAUGCCUCUUGAUGGCCUGAACCUCAGUGACCUUGAUGACAGUCUGGUUAAAGGAAGAGUGAAGGAUCUGAUAAUCUAUCUCCACAACAGACUGAAAAAGGCCCAGCGUUAUUUCCGCAUGAAACUGAUGGUGGUUGGAUUUGGGAACCGCGGCAAGACCACCCUUCUGCACACGCUCAGGAAGAAGACGAAACAUCGGAAUGAGACGAGACCCACUGUAGGUGUGGUGGUGGAUGAUUGGAGGUAUGAGAGACAGAACUUCCGGCACACCAUGAAGUACACCCUGUCCACGUGGGACUUUGCCGGCCAGGAGGAGUUCUACAGUACACACCAGUGCUUCCUGUCUAAUAGGGCUCUCUAUCUGGUUGUGUAUGAUGUCAGCAGGGGGCCGGAGGAGAUUGACCGGCUCAAACCCUGGUUGUCCAACAUCCACUUCCGGGCACCGGGAUGUCCAGUCAUCGUUGUCGGGACUCACUUUGACAAGUUGGAUCCUGAGCAUGCAGCCGACCAGAUUGACGAGAUGGAAGCAAAACUGUAUGAGCUUUCAAAGAAACCAGGUUUCCCCGAGCUCAACUGUACGGCGGUUGUUGAUGCUACCAAGGAGAACCUGGAGGUGGAGAGGUUGCGGAGACGGGUGAAGGAGGUCAUUGAUAGUUACAAGGUCAGAGGUCAGCUAGUAAUGGGUCAGAAGGUUCCAGCGAGCUAUGUGCGCCUAGCAGAGCUUCUGUCAGAGGAGGCGCGGACCCUGGAAAGCAUCCGCUACCCAGUUAUCCGACAGGGGAGGCUGGUACAGAUAGUUCGGAACGAGGGCCUGGACCUGUACGAGGAGGAGGAACUACAGCAGGCUGUGCGGUUCCUCCAUGAGGGCGGGGUCCUGCUCCACUACAACGAGACGGCGCUGCAGCUGAGAGACUUCUACUUCAUCAACCCCGGCUGGUUGUGUCGCAUGAUGGCCCAAGUGGUCACUGUCAGAAAUAUCAAUCCAUUCAUUGAUUCAACUGGGAUAAUGAAGAAGAGUGAUGUCAACUUGCUGUUCCGGGGAGAAUCUUUCCCCAACAGCCUAAUACCACAGUACCUCAGACUCCUUGAGAAAUUUGAGAUUGCAUUACCAAGGAAUGAGGAAGAGUUACUGGUCCCUUGUCGUCUUCCUGAACAAAAACCUGCCCUCAAAAUGCCCAACCUUGCCAAGCAUGAGAAGAUAUCUCGGAUCUACUCCAUGCCGUACACCCCCCUGGGCUUCUGGUCCCGCCUCAUCACGCGCCUCAUCGUCUUCUCCAACAGCAAUGUCACCGAGACCAUGAUGCAGUUGACGAAGCAACCGCAUCUUCAGUACUGGAGACAGGGCAUCCUCGUCAGGUGGUCAAAUACUGCCUUCUUCCUGGUGGAUGCUACGAGUCAGCAGGAGUGUGAGGAGCUGUACAUCACAGUGCCGGCCUCACAGCAUGGAUACCAACUGAUGGGUUUUAUGGCUGACCACAUCGAUGCUCUCAUAGAUGAGUGGUACCCUGGACUAACCAGCAUCGACCCCAUCCUCGGCAGGGAGCUCCUGGAGAAGUUUGUACCCUGUGUCAAGUGUAAAGGGACUGAACCUUACAAGUUUGUGUUUGAGGACCUGCUACGACAGUCCGAGAGGAGUGACGUCAUCAAAUGUCCGUACCAUGAAGAUAUUGUCCAGCUGGCUGAUCUGGCACCAGAUGUGAUGCUGAGAGAUUUAGAAGAUAAGUUCCACAUGGAUUGUGACCAGUUUGAGCUGAAGGAAAGUUCGGAGUACCUGCUUGGUGAUGGAGGGUUCGGGGCCGUCUACAGGGCCAUGUACAAGAACCAGGUUGUUGCUGCCAAAGUCUUUGCUGCCAUUGGUGAUGUCCAUCCUCACAAGAUGCUGCGACAAGAGGCCACCAUAUUGAGACGGCUCAACCAUCCCAGUGUGGUGUCACUCAUCUCAGUUGGACUCCGCCCAAGCAGGGUGGUUGUGUUGGAGUUAGCUGCCCUUGGCUCACUGGGGUCGCUGUUGAAGAGCAACAUGCCUCUUAGCAGAUGUUUACAACACAGAAUAGCUGUCCAGGUGGCUGAAGGGCUGCAGUAUCUCCAUCUGCUGAUGGUGGUGUAUCGUGACCUUAAGCCGGACAACGUCCUUGUCUUCAGCAACUCACCCAGCGCCCUGGUGAACGCCAAGAUAUCAGACUACGGCAUCUCCCAGUUCACGACUCUGUACGGGCUGACUGCCCAGGAGGGAACGCCAGCAUACAGGGCCCCGGAGGUCGUCCGGAGGGAGACCUACUCCUUCCAGGCCGACGUCUUCUCGUUUGGCAUCACCUUGUACUGCCUGUUAACUGGCCGCCAUCCGUACGAUGAACUGGAGUUCAAGUCAGAGAUGGACAAGGCCGUCGCUGAGAACCGACCUGUCCCAGCAAUCACUCAGAGAGGUCAGUCACCGUGGCCGGACAUGCAGGACGUCAUCACGCAGUGCUUGCAGCAGAUCCCAGACCACAGACCCUCGUCCAGUGAGCUGGUGGAGAGGUUGUCAUCGGCGGAACUGUUCUGUCUGAAGGAUGUCAUUCCAGUGUCUGUAGGCACCACAGUGGAGUGUAUGGCACACCAGGUACUGGGGGAGGACAAUGUCCGCCUGUGGGUUGCCAGCGGUGACAGUGACUACAUGCAACUCAGCUGGCUCAACCUCGUCAACUAUCAAGAUGACAGCCGGGGCAAGCUCAACCGCAAGUCUUUAGACUACAGUGGCAGGGUCAUGCGAGAGGGGAGAAUCCUCUGCAUCCUUCCCAUAGAUGAGGAUCAUGUACUGCUAGGCACACAAACAGGCAAGAUCUGGGUGUUCAAUGCAAGGGAUUGUGAUCUUAAACAUUCCACAAGGAGGCUGCCAGACUCGGUCCUCUCUCUACACCUCAUACACAGGGCCGAGGACAAUCUGGUGCUGGCAGGUUUAGCCAAUGGUGGGAUCAAAUUCUGUCCUGUCUCAGAGAUUAUAGAGGAGCCGGACACAACCCUGCUGGGGAUGAACCUAGGCAAGUCCCACGAGCCGGUGCGCUGUCUGGUGCAGGUCGACAAGCGGAUCAUAGCUUCCUGUGGCACGAAAAUUGUCAUUUUCAUCAGCUCCAGGAACGGUCUUGGAAUAGAAAAGGAAUUUGAUACAGUUAAAACCAGUGGCAAGGUAAGGUCCCCGAUCUGCACAAUGGCAGUGGGACACAACAUCUACCUGUCUCGACGUCGGUCUGAUGUGCUGGAGGUGUGGGACCACAAAAAGGAGAGACAGAGGGGCUCUUGCAGCAUAGCAGAGACGUUCAGAAUUCCAACGGAUGAAGCAAGAGUAACGUCCAUACUCUACCUACGAGACAGUCGAGCAUUGUGGGUAGGGACUGGCGGCGGUCACGUGGUGGUGGUGGAUGCAGUGUCCCAGGCUCCGAUCAUGCAGACCGCACGACACACAGCCUCAAUAAGAUCACUGAUGGCUAUCAAGUCUCCAGCCUUCCUGCCAUUCUGUGUAGUCCUGAGUGGAGGACUUGGAUUCCGACACAGACCUGAGGCAGAAGUAAAGAAAGAUGGCCAGUAUGGAUGUAUCGCAGUCUGGGAUGCAGAGUUCCCGCAGAUUGUGCGACAGUUUGAAGAAGACCGGAAGAAAAGACAGGAGCUGGAGAACAACAUGAAGAAGCAAAGAAGGAAAGAAUCCAUGUAGACCUUCCUGCUUUGGUCUCAACUGAGAUGUGGGCACGUCCAGGCAGAUAUUUAUUUCCAGAAACUGUGAUACACUGAUACCGAAGACACUUGUUCAUCAGGAUCAGUAAACAAUAGCCUUAUAUUUUACCAAUGUGCCAAUAACAAUACAAUAUGUCCAUGUGUACUGUCACAACAACUCUGUUAGUGUGAAUGUCAGGUUAUGUAUGAAACUUUUAACAAGUGAAUGUGGCACGGUGACCCAGUUGUCAAAGGUGCUUUUGAUCGUUGGUUUGAAUCCCUGAUUUGCCCUCAUUAUGUUUCUAGGUUUGUCAGCACCCGUUGUGGGUUGCACUGACAUAAUGUUCAAAGCGUGUUAUACCAACACUGUGAAAAAAAUAUUGAAGAA